AUGUCGAUGGAGAAAGGAGGGUUCGCAACCAGAGACCGGGAUCAGUUGCAGUUGCAGCAGAAGCGGCAAUUGGUUGAGCAGGAUGAGGUUCAGAUCGAAAAACGAGUAAGCGAAAGUGCGCGGUCACUACCGCAGGCGCCAGUUUUCACAGAUAAGCUUCCGGAUGAAGUUUCGAUUGCAGCUGAUGAAAAUUUGGUGCUCAGCGUUGGUGUAAAAGCAACACCGCAAGCAGAUGUUAAGUGGAACGUGAAUGGAUUUGAGCUUAAGGAGUCCAAAAACGUUACUGUAAUCAACGAAUCAGGCCAAUCGACACUUAUUGUUCGACCACCCAUACGAUACGGCCGCUAUAGUGUGACUGCCGUGAACCAGUACGGGAUGAACACACAGGCGACAAGGGUACUUCGUCGUGAAGAGGAGCAGUUCGAACAGGUCGAGGAACAGGUUGUUGUCCGGCAGCGGCUAUCUCUCCCUCCCGAAUUUGUCGAAAAUGCGAUAUCCGUUUCGACGUCAAGUGCGCUUAUGGACGGGUGGGAACUAGUCGAUGAGCAGCACCAGUCCAGCAGAUCUGCAGACUCUUUGGAAACUGUUAAAUAUGCAAAAGCAGUUGUGGCAACUGAGGGAGGUGGAGGUGCACCGUUACUUCCUGAACCACUUCGAGCCUCCACUUAUACCGAACAGCGUUACGAAGAAACAUGCAGCGCAAAAAGUGAAGUCUUUUAUGAGGCGCCAUCCAAGCCGGGAACUUUAAUAAUACAUGAACCGUUGCAAGCUACAGUUGCUACUGAAGUUGCAUCGGUGCGCAGUGCCGGCCUCACAAAACUGGAAUCAGCAAUUGAAAGGCCAAGGCCACCACGAGUACCACCGAAGCCAAUUACACCAAAAAUACAUGAAGCAUCCACUUUUACGAAACGAAAAUACGAGGAAGCCGUUAGCGUAGAAAGUGAUGCUGUGCUGUAUGUGCCAACGCCAAAAGCUGCGAGAGAAGCAGAAACUAUUAGCAGGAGUGAAGAUGAAAUUAUGGAAAGAAAGAGGUUUCGUAUACCAGUGCACCGAACAACCGAACCACUUCCCAAACGUCCUUUUGUUCUGAAACAGCCGGAGCCAGAAAUUCGCUUGAAAGCUGGCGAAAAACUUGUCCUGGAAUCCAAAGUCGACUCGCACCCAGAAUCUCAGUUCAAGUGGUAUCAGAAUAAUUUUGAAGUCAAAGCAUCACCUCACGUGCUCAUUGAGAGCCCGAGCGUGAACGAAAGCCGCGCUGUUUUCAUGAAACCAGUCAGUGGAACAUACAAAGUAGUAGCUUCCAAUGAACACGGCUCAUGUACUAGUGUUACUCGUGUUGUUACCGAAAUUAGCGAGGCUUACUGGGAAGAAGAAUCGAGCAUUUCAGCUAUUAGGCCACUGCCCGAAAAAUAUGAGCCCAAGUAUCAGCUUGUAAAAAGACCACGCGUCGAAAAACGGACCGAUUUACCCAAAGCGCCACAAAUUGUUGAAGGUUUUGCACCAAUGCUAAAAAUCCGGAAAGAUGAGCUGCUUGAACUGCGCAUAGUUGUGGAUGCAAUACCGGAAGCAAAAUUUCAGUGGUUGUUAAAUAAUUUUGAAGUGCGGCAGAGUCAGACCGUUGCCAUCGAAAGUCCCGGUCCGAAUGUUUCGCAGGCGGUAUUCCGGGAGCCAAUCAGUGGUCGUUACGAAGUAAUCGCUACAAACCCGCUCGGUCAAGUUUCAUGUUCCGGAAAAGUACUGGUAGAAAUUGCGGAAGAACUCCUGGUUGCACCCGCUCAACAAAUUGGCCCAACAGAAUUGAUAACAGGGCAAUCUCCCGUAUUCAUCGAAGCGCUACCCAGUGAGACGCAAAUAAGCUCAAAGCAGCAGGAAUUCCAACUUUCAGUCCUUGUUGAAGGCACGCAACCGUUCACGUUCCGUUGGUUUGCGAAUGGCAGUCUUCUGUCGAACAGCGUAGAACACCAGAUGAUCAACGAUGUGCAGAGAAGUACACUGGUUGUGCGAAAGACGGUAGUGCAUAGCGUGGAUUAUGCCGUUGAAGCUUCCAAUGUUUACGGUGCUGUUUGGUCCCAAACAGUGGUGAAGCCUUCCCCGGCCUUCGAAGUCGAGACAGUAUCUCCAGAAAUAGUUUCUCCGCUGAGUGUACCGUCGGAGGCGUACGAUACACAGCGGCUGUUGCCACGAUUCACGACCGAAUUAACAUCAAUGGAUCUGCUACAGGACGAUGAUUUUACUGCUCAUGUUACCAUUGAUCUCGAUUCAAGUCCCUGUGAAUUCAGCUGGACUCUAAACAGUCGCGAUGUCCGAACCAUUCCUGGAUUUCACGUGGAGUCGACUUUUUACGAAUCCACUUUGUAUCUGAAGUCGGCAAAGCCAAAACAUUCCGGUGAGCUGGUUGUCACAGCGGCCAACAAAUAUGGUUCUGCCAAAUCGUGGGCAAAAAUGAAUGUUGAGCGAUGUUAG